AUGCGCGGACCGUGGAGAGAUGGAAAACUUGAUAUGUUUAUGAGUUUUUCAGCAAUAACUGUCCGUGACGCUAUAAACGAAGCCUUAAAUGAGGAGAUCAAGCGAGAUGACCGCGUCUUUUUAAUUGGAGAGGAAGUUGCGCGGGCUGGAGGAGCGUACUUGGUUACGAAAGGACUGUGGAAAAAGUAUGGAGACGAACGGGUCAUAGACUCGCCAAUUAGUGAGAUGGGAUUUACAGCGUUUCAGAUAUCAUGCCCCAUUGUAUUUCGUGGUCCUAACGGUGUCGAGCCUGGAGUCGCUGCUCAACAUACACAGGACUUUGCUUCGUGGUAUGCACAUUGUCCUGGAAUAAAGGUGUUGGCACCCUAUAGUGCAGAGGACGCUAAAGGGUUGCUAAAAGCAGCCGUCAGGGACGAUAAUCCAGUUGUGUUUUUGGAACAUGCGAUACUGUAUGAUCGAUUGUUUCCCGUUGGCGACGAAGUGUUAGAAGAUGACUUUGUGUUGCCAAUAGGAGAGUGCAAAGUUGAGAGGUUUGUUUAUAUGCGCGUACUUUUCCAGUGUAAGUGCAAUUUUUCCAGAGAGGGUAAUCACAUAACUAUUGUUUCUUUCGCAAAUGGCGUUGGAAUGUCGCUUGAGGCUGCAAAUGAACUUGACGCCCUAGGCAUUUCUGCCGAAGUAAUCAAUCUUCGCACUCUACGCCCUCUUGAUUUUGAAACAAUUAAGAAGUCGGUGAUGAAAACUCGUCACUUGGUCACGGUUGAAGAAGGUUGGCCAUUUGCAGGAAUCGGCGCUGAAAUUAGUGCCCAGGUGAGUGAGUGUGAAGCAUGGGACUACCUAGAGGCUCCAAUUCUUCGUGUUUGUGGAGUGGACGUGCCAAUGCCAUACGCACAACAUCUUGAAGAGGAAGUCAUCCCAAAUAUGACCCAUAUUGUUGCUACAUGCGAGAAGAGUCUUAAACAUAAAAUGAAAAAAUAG